AUGACGACUUCUACAGCCCAUCAAGACAUGGACAUGGACAUGGACACUGACGACUCCAGUGCCUCGUCCUUUGCCCUCGACGCUUCACUGGAAGCGUUCCCUGAUACCCGCCCUAUCGUCGUAUCUGGGUCUUCGAGGGCCGGUAAGCGCGUUUUGGUUCAAAAGCUCAUUGACUCUUACCCAGACAAAUUUUCCUCGGUGGUUUCUCAUACAACACGCGCCCCACGCGUUGGAGAAGUUGAGGGUACCACAUACAACUUUGUUUCGCAUUCUACCUUUGCCCAAAUGAUCGAAACGGAUAGUUUUAUCGAGUAUACUGUUGUCCGCGGAGACUACUACGGUACAAGCAGAGAUGCCGUCACGACUCUUCAAAGAGAAGGAUCCAUCGCCCUUCUCGAAGUCAAUGACCAAGGAUCCCGAGCUAUUGCGAAGGCUCAAGGUAACAAUGCCCGCUUCGUUUGCAUUACGCCUCCGACCUUUCACGAGUCAGAGGACUGCCUAGAUACCGGGCGCAUGAGGUGUAGACCAAUUAGGCAAAGAUUUAUCUUGAACCUCGAAAGCGAUAAGACAUGGCCACUUCUUGGCAUUCGUAUCUCCAAUGCUGAUCUGGACCAGGCUCAUGAGGAGUUGGAAGAGUUUGUAUUUCUUACACUAUUGGACGAACCGUCUCCCACUUGGUCAUGA